AUGAGGAAGGAGCAGCAAGAACAGUUUGACUGGGGGGAAAUGCAAAGCGCACUUGACAAGAUAGUGGAGCAGAAUAAAUGGCAGCAGAGGAACCUUACUGAGUUCAAGAAUCUUUAUGAUGCCAGGACUAUCUCAAGGAGGAGUGUUAUCAUUGGGAUAGGAUACCCUCCCAGUGAUCAAAACUCAUUAUGGUUCGUUAGAGCAUUUGUCGACGACGGCCAUCAGGUGCAAUUCAACGUACCCACGGAGAACCAACAAUUUAGUUUUUAUGCUGUCAUUGGUUCUGACCAUGGCAAUAUAUGCUUGAGGAUCUCAAUGGGUGGCCUUAAUUCCAGGUUACUCAUAUGGAAUCCUCUCACGGGCAAGAAGCGAUAUGCAUCCGAUGAAUCCAUCAAGCACCUUGCUCAUGUUGUUUCGAUCUACGCAUUUGGUUUUCUUGAAGACACCAUCGAGUAUAGGAUUCUUCAUGCCUUGAAGAAGAAUUUCUCACAGAGAAUGCUAUCAUGGUGUUUGUACACAUCCUUUGAAAAAGAUUGGACUCAUUCCGGGACAUUUGAAACAAAUAUGCAGAAAAUUGGACCCAAGUAUGUUGUCAAGGAUGGAAUUUUUUAUUGGAUAGGGUGGGAAGGUGCUAACCGUAUCGAGGCAUCAUCAAUAAUUACUUUCAAUCUCAUCCAGGAGAUGUUUCACGAGGCUAUGAUACCCAUGAAAGUCAAAUCUGAUUACCACGCACUAACUCAGUUUAAUGACGGAGUCAGUUUUGUUACAUAUCGCAAUGUCGGCUUCACAAGACAGGUCAUGGUUUGGCAGUUGAGGAAGAAUUGGGACCAUGAUCUAGAGUGGGAGAAGAUGUUGAGGGUGUCCAGAUUUGGUAUUCCAUACACUCCAAUAUUGUUCGUUGACAAGGACAUUAUAUCAUUCAUGGAGGCUAGAAGUGGUUAUAAGGGUUUUAAUGACACCGAAGGUGAUGAAAGGAGUUGUAGCUUCAACAAUAAGAGGAAGGUGUAUGAACUAUGUAGCAACGAAUGGUUAAGCUUCACGAACAAAACAGGUUGUAGUUCUUUAGCUAAUGAAAUAACUCAACAGAAAAAUGCAAGUGACAUUCCAGUCUUAGGAUUGGUACCACCUAUUCACAGAAUUGCUGAAGAGCAACCAAGUAUAAUUUUAGAUAAUAGCUUCACCAUUGGUUUUAGAACAACUAAUGUUGCAGAAACUAUAGACAUAAAUGAAAAACCCAGCAUUCAGACAACAGAGGACACGCCGUUCUUGGGGUCUAAUGUGCUGUCACAGGUGACUUUAUCAAGAGAUGACUCAAAGCAUGCUAGGAUAGAAAGAGCAACCAAGAUAGCUAAGAAAAGGAAGUGUGUGGGCAUUGCUUCCCAACAAGAUGAUAGUAGGGAUAAUACAGUUUACGAUAACAAUGAAUUGGGACUACAAAGGCAUCCAGCCUCUAUGGUAAACACUUUAGGAGUUAUACAAACUACUUUCAAUGUAGAGGACAAGGAAAAUCUAAUGGACUAUGUAGUUGAUGGAUGUAUUAUAGAUCAAGGUCAAUGUGAUGGAAGAAGUGAAAACCAGAUUAAGAAAAAUGUUUCUAUACCGAUUUCAUCAGUAAGCCAAUGGCCGCUAAGUCCACCAUCAAAAGGGGCAGCACAACACGUGAGGAUUGAGAGAGCAUUCAUAUUAGCUAAAAGAAAGCAAACCACAGUUUCACGCACCCAAGAAGGAACUAAGUCUGCAAACACAUUCACCACACAAACCAUGGAAGUGACUUCGAUGGAAGGCAAUAAGGCGUCAUACAGAUCUAACACACACAUUAAGUCUACUGAACGGUCAAAUAAAGAGUAUGUGAACAUCGGAUAUGCAAUGUAUGAAUGUGAACAUUGCAAUGCUCUUUAUUGGUAUGCUGAGAGGUCAAACAAAAGUUACAACACAACAGAACCAAAAUUCACAUUAUGCUGUAAAGGAGGAAAGGUUCAACUUCCACAAUUACAACAGGCCCCGAGAGUGUUGUAUGAUUUGUUGUACAAUACCCCCAAGAGCAAGCAUUUUCGGGAUAACAUCAGAGCUUACAAUAGCAUGUUUCAGUUCACAUCAAUGGGUGCAAAGAUAGACCGUGGCAUUAGUCAAGCAAGAGGGCCACCAACAUUUAUCCUUUGUGGAGAGAAUUAUCAUCUAAUGGGUAGUCUGAUUCCUCCAGAGGAAAACAUUGCAAAAUUUUCUCAACUGUAUGUAUUUAAUACUCAGAAUGAGAUUGAAAAUCGCAUGGCAGCUAUUCGGGGUGAACAUCACACAGAGAUACAUGAAGAUAUUGUUAGAGAAUUGAAACAGAUGCUUGAUGAUAACAAUGUACUGGUGAAGGCAUUUCGCAUGGUUAGAGACACACUUGCAAGAGAGUUUAAUAAUACAAUAAAGCUUAGGCUUUUGGGUAAAAGGGGGAAGGAUGGCAGGCGAUACAACCUGCCCAACACGGAUGAGGUAGCUGCAUUGAUUGUGGGUGGCUUUGACAUUGAUAAAACUGAUAGGGACAUUGUGGUAGAGACACAAAGUGGAAGGUUACAAAGGAUUAAUCAACUCAAUCCUGCUUAUUUGGGAUUACAAUACCCAUUGUUAUUUCCAUUUGGAGAGGAUGGUUACAAGGAAGACAUACCUUUCAACAAGGGUAAUCAAAGUGGUAGCAAAGGGCGACAAGAGGUUUCAUUAAGAGAAUUUUUUGCAUUCAGGAUACAAGAAAGGUUAGCUGAUGGAUCUCCUUUGUUAUAUUCUAGACGACUAUUCUAGCAAUUCUUGGUUGAUGGGUUCUCCAUGAUCGAAUCAUCUCGCCUAAAUUAUAUACGACUUGAUCAGGAGAAACUCAGAUGUGAGAUGUACAAGGGUAUAAAGGAAGCAGUUUUGUCCGGGGAAACAACACCGUCAUCGCGUGGCAAACGUAUUAUAUUACCAUCAUCAUUCACAGGUGGCCCAAGAUAUAUGAUUCAGAAUUACCAGGACGCAAUGGCAAUAUGUAAGGUUGUCGGUUAUCCAGACCUAUUCAUUACAUUCACAUGCAAUCCUAAGUGGCCCGAGGUAGAAGACUUUCUUAAGAACAGGGAAUUAAAUGCAGAAGAUAGACCUGACAUAAUAUGUAGGACAUUCAAGGCAAAGCUGGAUUUGAUGAUUAAAGAUAUUAGAGUAAACAAAAUUUUUGGCAGGAUUUGUGCAGUUGUAUACACAAUCGAAUUUCAAAAACGGGGACUACCACACGCACAUAUACUAUUGUUCUUACAUAAGGAUGACAAGUUUCCAACAGCUGAAGACAUUGACAAGAUCAUAUCUGCUGAGAUUCCAGAUAAGGAACUAGACCCUGAAUACUUUGAAGCAGUAGAAAAGCACAUGAUGCAUGGUCCAUGUGGUUUAGCGAGGAAAGAUUCACCGUGUAUGGAGAAUAGAAAAUGUGUACGUCAUUUUCCUAAGCGUUUUGUCGAUUGCACAACUAUUGAUGAUGAUGGGUAUCCAGUAUAUAGGCGUAGGGAAGAUGGAAGAACUAUCAACAAGUAUGGGGUUGACCUUGAUAGCCAUUAUGUGGUUCCACACAACAGACUACUACUUAUGAGAUAUGGAGCACAUAUAAAUGUGGAGUGGUGCAAUCAAUCAAGAUCAAUAAAGUAUUUAUUCAAAUACGUGAACAAAGGUCAUGAUCGUGUAACUACUUCCUUCUAUAGAAGUGUCACAGCGGAUGCUGAGUUAGAUGAAUAUGAUGAGGUGAGUAUGUAUUACGAUUGUAGAUACAUAUCACCAUGCGAAGCAGCAUGGAGGAUUUUUGGUUUUAACAUCCAUUACAGAGAUCCAUUUGUUGUGAGAUUGGGUUUUCACUUACCCAAUGAACAGAAUGUUAUAUUCAAAGACCACGAAAAUCUGGAGGAUGUUGUUAGAAAAGCAUCAGUGAAGGAAUCUAUGUUUUUAGGAUGGUUUCAAGCAAACAAUGAUUAUGUAGAAGCAAGGGCACUGACGUAUGCUGAACUUCCAACUAAAUUCGUAUGGAAGCCAGAUGAGAGGGUUUGGUUGCCUAGAAAAUCACACUCUGUUAUUGGAAGGAUUUUCUAUGUACCUCCAGGAUCCAGUGAAAGUUAUUACAUGCGGCUAUUGCUCAAUUUUGUAAGAGGCCCAACUUCUUAUGAGGACAUUCGUACUAUAGAUGGUGUUUUAUAUUCUACUUUCAAAGAUGCAUAUUACGCACGUGGCCUCUUAGAUGAUGACAAGGAAUAUAUAGAUGCAAUAGUAGAAGCAAGCCACUGGGGAUCGGGUACAUACUUGAGGAAGCUGUUUGCAAUGCUGUUGUUUUCAAAUUCAAUGGAUACACCAGAACACGUAUGGCAAAAGACAUGGCAUCUAUUAUCCGAUGAUAUACUUCAUAGGCAGAUGAGGCUUCUUGACAAUCUAGAUUUAUUCAUUUCCGAAGAUGAAUUGAAGGAGUUGACGUUGAUAGAAAUUGAGAGAACACUUAACCCAUACAAUAAGAGUCUGCAGGAUUUCUCUCCGAUGCCACUAGCUCUAGACCAUACCACCUAUUUGCAACAACUAACCGACGAGCAAUAUUUUGUUUAUAAGACAGUCAUGGAUGCUGCUGAAAAUGGGAAGGGUGGAGUAUUCUUUUUGUAUGGUUAUGGAGGGACUGGCAAAACAUUUGUUUGGAAGACUUUAGCAGCUGCAUUGAGAUCUAAAUCACAAGUUGUACUUACUGUUGCAUCGAGUGGUAUUGCAUCUCUUUUAUUACUCGGGGGUAGGACAGCACAUUCACGUUUUUCAAUCUCACUCAAUCUAGAUGAAUUCUCAACAUGCAAUAUAAAACAAGGAAGUGCAUUGGCCGGGCUGUUGAUAAAGACAAAGCUUAUCAUUUGGGAUGAGGCUCCUAUGGUAAAUAGAUUCUGUAUUGAAGCUCUUGAUAGAACAAUGCGUGACAUCUUAAGAUUCAAGAAUCCAAGCAGUCUUCACCAGCCAUUCGGUGGGAAGACAGUUAUUUUUGGGGGUGAUUUUCAACAGAUAUUACCGGUGAUCCCUAAAGGGACUCGGCAAGAGAUUGUUAACGCCACUAUAAACUCAUCUUACAUCUGGAAUGAUUGCAAGCUCUUGACAUUGACAAAAAAUAUGAGAUUGAGAUCAAGUGAUUCCAACACAAGGUCGUCUGAGUUAAAAGAGUUUGCUGAUUGGAUACUUGGUAUUGGUGAUGGUAGUCACGGAACUCCAAUGGGACAAUGUCAGAAGAUUCUAAUCCCAGAUGACAUACUGGUCAAAGACUGGGAUGAUCCAAUUGAGGCAAUUUGCAAGGUUACUUAUCCAAAACUUUUUUAUUGCACCAUUGCUGAUGAGCACAUUGAAGACCGAGCAAUACUUGCACUAACAUUGCAAGUAGUUGAUGAGAUAAACCAAUUCAUGAUGAGCUUAAACCCUACUGAAGCACAGACAUACUAUAGCUCAGACAAGGCAUGCCCAACCGAGUCUAACAAUGACUUAUUGGCGUCCAUUCACACACCUGAAUUCCUAAAUACAAUUAGAUGCUCAGGAGUGCCCAAUCAUGAGCUGACAUUAAAGGCUGGAACUCCUAUCAUGCUUUUAAGAAACAUUGACCACUCGGUAGGAUUGUGCAAUGGAACACGUUUGGUUGUCAUUAAGCUUGGAAAACACAUUAUAGAAGCACGUGGUAGUGCCAGAAAGAACAAAGGUCAGAAAGUCUUUAUUCCUAGGACGACUCUAAGUCCUUCCGAUCAUCGAAUACCAUUUAAGUUCCAACGAAGACAAUUUCCUAUAAUGGUAUCAUAUGCGAUGACAAUAAACAAAAGCCAAGGGCAAUCAUUAGCGAAUGUUGGAUUAAUUCUAAAAAAACCUGUUUUCACCCACGGUCAGCUUUAUGUUGCAGCAUCUAGGGUGACACACAGGAGAGGUCUUAAGAUACUUUUAUGUCAUGAUGAGGAUAACUGUGUAGAGACCGAUAAUGUUUUUAAAGAAGUUUUUAGAAAUGUGGCUUAA